UUUGCAAUGCUUUACUAACGGCGACUUUUUUUCAACAACAUUUAUUUUAUCAGCAAAGAAUUGUUUGAGUAGAUUGUUCCACGCACAAUGCGCUGAACAAAAGAGGCAUUCGCUCUGAAGUGUCUUUCACUUGACACCUGCUGCUGCUGCUGCUGCUGCUGUGCAUCAGACUACAGACAAUGUUUUAUCUUAAUACUGCACUUGUGUUCGUUGCACACAGACUUUAGCCCAUGAACGCAGAGGUCUCUGCUGUAGUGUCGGCGGAGAACGCUCGUUCAUCUGGGGUUCUUCAGCGGGACUGCCGUCCGCGUUCUAGCGCGCCGACUCAGGCCAUCAGCUCCGCCGGAACCCGCAGGGGGUCGUGAGAGCGUCGGGCCGGCGUGCGCCUCGUACGCACCGCAGAGAAGAUGAAUAUCCAGGUUGCGCCGGAACACAAGCUCUCGUCAGUGGCCCCGCUGAAACAGUGCAAUGUGGAGAAAAAGGAGGUAGAACUGAUACUGGUCAAGGACCAGAAUGGCGUCCAAUACACCAAUUCCUCCAUCGUCCCCACCCCUGGCAACGCAGGUCCUCCUGGAUCCACCGAUGAAGAGCGAGAAACUUGGGGCAAGAAAAUUGACUUUCUCUUGUCGGUCAUUGGCUUCGCGGUGGACCUGGCCAAUGUUUGGAGAUUUCCUUACUUGUGCUACAAAAAUGGAGGGGGUGCCUUUUUGAUCCCCUACAUUCUUUUCUUGGUCAUUGCGGGGAUGCCAUUGUUCUAUAUGGAACUUGCCUUGGGCCAGUACAACAGGGAAGGGGCAGCCACAGUUUGGAAGAUAUGCCCCGUCUUUAAAGGUGUGGGCUACACUGUGAUCCUCAUAGCCCUGUAUGUAGGCUUCUACUACAACGUCAUCAUCGCCUGGUCCCUCCACUACCUGUUCUCCUCCAUGGCCAGCGAGCUGCCGUGGCUCAAAUGUGGCAACAUCUGGAACAGUGAGAACUGCACGGACCCCAAAGCGAUUAACGGAUCCGUCCUCGGCAACGGGUCUUACGCCAAGUACAAGAUCACCCCGGCAGCGGAGUACUAUGAGCGGGGUGUGCUGCAUCUCCACGAGAGUAGGGGUAUCCAGGACCUGGGCCUGCCUCGCUGGGAGUUGACCUUAUGUCUGGUUGUGGUGGUCUUCAUCCUCUACUUCAGCCUGUGGAAAGGUGUCAAAUCCUCAGGGAAGGUGGUGUACAUCACAGCUACGAUGCCCUACGUGGUCCUUUUUGUGUUGCUGAUCCGAGGCGUUACUCUACCAGGGUCUAUGGCCGGCAUCAGGGCCUACCUACACAUCGACUUCAAGAGGCUCAACAAUCUGGAGGUGUGGAUUGAUGCUGCCACCCAGAUAUUCUACUCACUGGGAGCAGGAUUUGGUGUGCUCAUUGCAUUUGCCAGUUACAACAAAUUUGACAACAACUGUUACAGGGAUGCUCUCUUGACCAGCACUGUGAACUGCGUCACCAGUUUCUUCUCAGGGUUCGCCAUCUUCUCUGUGCUUGGAUACAUGGCUGAUAAACAUGGAGUGAAAAUAGAAGAUGUGGCAACAGAGGGGGCGGGAUUGGUGUUCAUCAUCUACCCCGAGGCGAUCUCUACACUACCUGGAUCAACAAUUUGGGCCAUUGUGUUCUUCAUCAUGUUACUGACUCUGGGCAUUGACAGCUCGAUGGGCGGCAUGGAGGCGGUCAUCACAGGCCUGACGGAUGAUUUUAAGUUCCUCAAGAGGAACAGGAAACUCUUCACCUUCGCCACAGCCUUUGGAACCUUCCUGGUGGCCCUGCUCUGCAUUACUAAUGGUGGGAUCUAUGUGCUGACCUUGUUGGAUAAGUAUGCUGCAGGGACUUCUAUACUUUUUGCUGUGUUGAUAGAGGCCAUUGGAGUGUCAUGGUUUUAUGGUGUGGACCGCUUCAGCGAAGAUAUCGAGAGAAUGAUGGGCUUUAAGCCAGGUCUUUAUUGGAGGCUGUGCUGGAAAUUUGUCAGCCCAGCUUUUCUUCUGUUUGUGGUGAUAGCCAGUACUUUGACAUCGUCAGGACUAAAGUAUGAUGACUACACCUUCCCUUACUGGUCCAACGUAGUUGGCUGGGGUGUGGCCAUGUCCUCCAUGCUGUUUGUCCCCGUAUAUGCGAUAUAUAAAUUCCUCAGCGUACCGGGGACAUUCAAACAGAGGAUAGCCUACUGUAUCACUCCAGAACACGAACAUCACUUGGUGGCUGAAGGAAACAUACGGCAAUUCAAACUCAGGCAUUGGUUGGCCAUCUGAUGACAAAUACCCAGAAUUCCCUCAUCCAUUCUCACAUCUGUUGUUUGGAGUUCCUGUGUGCCACCAGUGGUCGGACACACGAGGAGAGCAACAAGCUCCACCGUCUCCCCGCAGCCCCUCCCCUGGGCAUUCACCACCCAAGGCCUGUGUUGUCAACAGCAGCUUUAAGCACUUUGAUUUCAGAGUCAUGCCUGUUCAUAUUUUGAAACCAUUCUAUGACUUCAGCUCAUAAGGGAGGGGCACCCCAUGGACAUCUUUAUGGUUUUUAUAUACUAUUUUAAGUAUUAUUGUUAUACUAUUUAAUUUCUAUAGUUUGUGAUGUGACUAUGAUUUCCUUGACGGGAUAGAAACGAAAGAAAAUAUAUUAGAAUAUAAGCCAAAACAAUUCCCUGUCGCUAUUACUGAGCAGGAGACACAAAUAUUUUCGUUUUUUAAACUUCUUUUUAGGCCCGUGAUUAUUUAUUAUAAUCAUGUAAUUAGUAUUAUUGUCGCGUCACUCUGUUGGCUGAGUUGCUUGUAUGUGUCAGUGCCUUAUCAAGCGAGACACUCCAUGUUUCUUACAGUCCGUACAGGAAGAAAUACGAUGAUAAACUGUGUUGACUCAGGAACCCACUAAACCGAACCACAGUUUGUGGAUGGCUCCGCUCGGUGUUGAGCUGGUCCUUUGAAAGUCAAGGCAAAGAGCUGGAGGUCAACAGAGCAUUGAGGUCGACCUCCUUUGCAGCGGGAAAACAGGCCUGAUAUAAUGCUUUUGUCACAUGUUACAGAAAAGGGAAAAAUGCAUGCAUCGCUCCAAAGCUUAUGAUAAAAAAAGAAAUAAAAAAAAUAUAUGGCUGAACCUGGUCUGGCUGCUCACCUAAGAUGCAGGAGGAAAAUUCAGCAAAACAAAUGGCAUAACUGUUACAGUUUUGUAUUAUUCUUGUGCGGCUUUGACUUCUUCUUCCGUCUGUUCAGUGCUUCGAAGGAAUAUUUGUGGCUUUUUCUCCAUAGACGGCGAGAAAGAGGUGAAGGAGAGAGUGUGAGAGAAAGUGUGAGUGUGUAUUCAAAUUUCGUUGCCUCUCAUACAUGGAAGAGCGACUAUGUUAAGCAGUUAAUAUACAACUCUUAUUCUUUAACCGACAUAUCUUGUGAUGUUAAUCUUUUCCAGUACCUUAGAAGUGCCAUUAUGUCCACUUACGAAUGUUUUUUGAUCAUCAUCUUCUGUUUUCUUUUUUUCUUUUUAUUUAUUGGAAUGAAGUUGAAGUUGAAUAUUAUCCUUGAAUCAUAACAGGACACCCUUACCGAAAGGAAUGACGCCACAAAGAAAAAAACUAAACGAAAUUAUGUGGAAUAUAUAAGAAGAUAUAAAAAUAUAUAUAUAAAUAUAUUCUUUUGUUAUAUCUAAUCUUGUAUUUAUCAAAUUGUUUAUAACAGAACGUGAAUGUAAAGUAUUUUAAACGUUAAUCUCCACAAUCAUAACAUUGUGUUAGAUGUAUAGCUAAGAUGGACUAUUUAGAAAAAAAAUAUUCUAUAGUGUUAUCCUAUGUCACUUUGUCACGUACAAAUGUGAUUCAAUACACCCCUGGCUUUCCUGGACUAUGUUUACAAAAUGACUGUGUACAAUAGCAACGUCCUGUUGAACGUGAGUGACAACUAUCUACUAUGAAGAAGUCUGAAGUAUUCACAUUAUGAUAAUAAAGAAUUUCUUCUUCACACAAA